AUGAGAGAGAUUAUCAGUUUGAACGUCGGCCAGGCCGGUUGCCAGAUCGCCAACUCCUGCUGGGAGCUGUACUGUCUGGAGCACGGUAUUCAGCCCGACGGAUACCUCACUGAGGAGCGCAAGAAGGCCGACCCCGACCACGGAUUCAGCACUUUCUUCUCUGAGACUGGCCAGGGCAAGUACGUUCCCCGUACUAUCUACGCCGAUCUCGAGCCCAAUGUCGUCGACGAGGUCCGUACCGGUACCUACCGUUCGCUCUUCCACCCUGAACAGAUGAUCACCGGUAAGGAGGAUGCUUCCAACAACUACGCCCGUGGUCACUACACCGUGGGUAAGGAGAUGAUCGAUGAGGUCCUCGACCGUGUGCGUCGUGUUGCCGAUGCUUGUGCUGGUCUCCAAGGUUUCUUGGUCUUCCACUCCUUCGGUGGUGGUACCGGUUCCGGUUUCGGUGCUCUCCUGAUGGAGCGUCUGUCCGUCGACUACGGCAAGAAGUCCAAGCUGGAGUUCUGUGUCUACCCUGCUCCUCAGAACGCUACCGCCGUUGUUGAGCCAUACAACUCCAUCCUCACUACUCACACCACCCUGGAGCACUCCGACUGCUCCUUCAUGGUCGACAACGAGGCUAUCUACGACAUUUGCCGCCGCAACCUCGGCAUUGAGCGUCCCAGCUAUGAGAACCUGAACCGCCUGAUCGCUCAGGUUGUCUCCUCCAUCACCGCUUCCCUGCGUUUCGACGGUUCCCUCAACGUCGACCUCAACGAGUUCCAGACCAACUUGGUGCCCUACCCGCGUAUCCACUUCCCUCUGGUCGCCUACUCUCCCAUCAUCUCCGCCGACAAGGCCGCCCACGAGGCUCACUCUGUCACCGAGAUCACCUCCAACUGCUUCGAGCCCAACAACCAGAUGGUCAAGUGUGACCCCCGCAACGGCAAGUACAUGGCCACCUGUCUGCUCUACCGCGGUGAUGUUGUCCCCAAGGACGCCCACGGUGCUGUCGCCACUCUCAAGACCAAGCGCACCAUCCAGUUCGUCGACUGGUGCCCUACUGGCUUCAAGCUCGGUAUCUGCUACCAGCCUCCCCAGCAGGUCCCCAACGGCGACCUCGCCAACCUCAGCCGUGCUGUCUGCAUGCUGUCCAACACCACCGCCAUCGCCGAGGCCUGGUCCGCUCUCGACCACAAGUUCGAUCUCAUGUACUCCAAGCGUGCCUUCGUUCACUGGUACGUUGGUGAGGGUAUGGAGGAGGGUGAGUUCUCUGAGGCUCGUGAGGAUCUCGCUGCUCUGGAGCGCGAUUACGAGGAGGUCGCCUCCGACUCCAUCGAGGGUGAUGAGGAGCUGGAGCCCGAGUACUAG